CGGAAAAGGAAAGCAGGUUGAAUUUGUCAGUCAAUAUCAACUGCGGAAAGAGCGUCAAGUAUCAUAAGCUGUUCUGUACUUAUCAUCAUCCUGUAAAAAAGAUGUUUGGGGGAUCUGGAGGAGCAGGGGCCUUCACAUUUGGCACAGCCACAACCCAGGCACAGACGACCAGCAAUGCACCCAAACCAUUCAACUUUGGCACAGGGACAGGGUUUUCUUUUGGCACACAACCGACUUCAGCUGCCUCCACCACUGCUCCCACAUCCCUUUUCUCCACUCCGGCCGGAGGGGCCAACACAGUGGGAUUCUCAUUUGGGGUAACUAAUCCAGCGAGUACAGCUGCUCCGACCUCGGCCGCAGGAAGCUUUAGCUUAGGUGCUGCAACAGCCACCCCUCAGACUGCUUCAACCACAGGCUUUACUUUGGGUGGUGCACAGCAGAAACCAGGAGGGUUUAGCUUUGGAGCCCCAGCCACUUCAACGGCAGCCCCGACUAUGAGUGGGACAGGCUUCAAACUUGGGGCAUCCACCUCUGCCCCUGGUAUACGUCCCACUGCUACACCGACGGUGACUCCAGCGGGUUCGUUCACAUUUGGUCCUGCAGCUGCAGGUGGAGCUGCACAGAAGCCUACCUUGGCUGUCCCAGCUAGCACGACCACACCAGCCACAUCAGGCUCCCUGAACUUCGGCUUUGGUGCAGCUCAGCAACCAACGACACAAACUUCGACAGCUACAAAACACACAUUGGGGGGUGCCCCAGCUCCCUCACAGCCAACGUUUGGGUCUAUCAAACUGGGUACUACAUCUGCAGCUGCUACAACUACAACAAGUGCGGCACCAUCAACAGGGUUUACACUAGGAGGCACUGCCACAACCACCACCGCCAGCACUGGGCUCAAUCUAGGUACCACUGCCACCUCGACAACUGCACCAUCUGGCGGUCUCGGCUUCUCGUUUGGCGCUGUAGCAGCUAAAGCGAGUCCUGCUACAUCAGCAUCAACAGCAGCACCAGCAGGCGCUCCCUCAAAACUACCACAGAUGAACUAUCGCCAGUUGGAGGAGUGUAUUAACAAGUGGACUGUAGAACUGCAGGAGCAGGAGAAAAUCUUCUUACAACAGGCCACGCAAGUCAAUGCCUGGGACCGACUCCUCACAGAGAAUGGGGAAAAGAUAGCUCAGGUCAAUAGUGAUUCAGAGAGGGUGAAGAUGGAUCAACAGAGGUUAGACAAUGAGCUGGAUUUUAUCAGAGCCCAGCAGAGGGAGCUAGAGGAGUUAUUAUCUCCCCUGGAGAGUGCAGUUCAACAGUUACCAUCUAUUAGUUACCAGCAACAUGCAGACUUGGAGAGAGAACACACCUAUCAAAUGGCAGAAAACAUUGAUGCACAGCUGAAGAGAAUGGUUCAGGACCUGAAGGACAUCAUUGAUCAUGUGAACUCCACCAAUUCCAGUCAAGAUAACACAGACCCUAUUCAGCAGAUCACCAAAAUUCUCAAUGCACACAUGGAUUCAUUGCAGUGGAUUGACCAGAACAGCAAUUUGCUAAGCCGGCGAGUUGAAGACAUUUCUAAACAGAUGGAUUUGCAGAGAAAAGAGCAGGAAAGAAAUUUCAGAUUGGCUUAUGACUGAGCGAUUUAUACAGUGAAAAACAUUUGAUUUGAUCUUCCUGAUUUUUUCCAAUUGACUUGACUCUUAAGAUACGACACUGAUGUCACAGACCAGAGAUGUUUUCCUGAAAUUCGAAUAAAUGCUCACUUUUUUUUUGCCAGUGUGUUGUCCUCCAGAAUAUAGAAAACUUGACAUAAAGUUUGAGCACUUCACUGUACUGUGGAUGAGUAUGUCGUCCAUGAGUAUGACAUCAUUUGUAUAACUAUUUAGUAUUAUUAUAUCUGUGAGGCUGAUGGUAAAGGGAUGGUGUCAUCAGUAUAACAGGAUUUGUAGGGUAUGUGUACUUUAAUAUGUCAAACUUCGUUUUAACAUCGUUAACAGUUCACUAAGCUAAGCUUGUCACUUCCGUCAGGAAUUUUAAAUUUACCUGCGAGUUGUCUAAGGCUUCCAUGGAAAAGUUCAAGGCUAUAAAGUUCAGGGACACCAUAAGUUUUAUUUAAACCUGACUUACAUCUUAGACAGCUUCAUGAUCAUGUGGCCUGUAUAACAGGUGGUAAGUAUGGUGUCAUCUUAUGACAAUUAUGGCUGUGUUUGGUACCGUCAGUAUGGCUGGUGACAGGAAUGGUGUCAUGACAGAUUUGCAUGGCUGUGUUUGGUAUCAUCAAUAUGGCUGGUGACAGGUAUGGUGUCAUGACAAAUUUGUAUGGCUGCAUUUGGUAUCAUCAGUGUGACUGGUGAUGGUUAUGGUGUCAUGACAAAUCUGUAUAGCUGUGUUUGGUGUGGUGUCAUGACAGGUUUGUAUAGCUGUGUUUGGUGUGGUGUCAUGACAGGUUCGUAUGGCUGUGUUUGGUAUAGGUGUCAUGACAGGUUUGUAUGGGUGAGUAUUGGUAUCAUCAGUACGGCUGUUGAUAGGUAUGGUGUCAUCACAGAUUUGUUUGGUAUGAUGUCAUGACAAAUUUGUAUUGCUGUUUGGUAUGGUGUCAUGACAAAUUUGUAUUGUUGUGUUUGGUAUGGUGUCAUCACAGAUUUGUUCGGCUGUGUUUGGUAUGGUGUCAUGACAGGUUUGUUUGUGUUUGGUAUCAGCAGGACUGGUGAUGGGUUUGGUGUCAUCACAUUUGUUUAAUAUGGUGUCAUGACAAAUUUGUAUGGCUGUUUGGUAUGGUGUCAUCACUAAUUUGUUUGGCUGUGUUUGGUAUCAUCAGUAUGGCUGUGUUUGGUAUGGUGUCAUGACAGGUUUUGUAUGGCUGUUUGGUAUGGUGUCAUGACAGAUUUGUAUGGCUGUGUUUGGUAUGGUAUCAUGACAGGUUUGUUUGACUUUGGUAUCAUCAGUAUGACUGGUGACGGGUAUGGUGUCAUCAUGAUGGUUUUGUAUGGCUGUGUUUGGUAUCAUCAGUAUGGUGUCAUCAUCAUGAUGGUUUUGUAUGGCUGUGUUAGGUAUCAUCAGUAUGCAGUCAUCUGUGUGACAUGAUUUGUAUCAUCAUUAGUUUACAGAAUUGUCAGGUUAGUUGGAUUCAAGUAUGUCAUUGGCUGGCGAAUAUUCUAAUUUGAACAAAAAAUAACACAAAUUUCUCAAAGCCACUUCACCAUUUUUCAGUUCUCCACGAGUUCUGAAAAGACAAGUGAUACAGAUUACACGUACACCAAUAUAUGAGAAAUGAUCAUAAAUUUGGUGACAAUAAAGAUGAGAAGUGUUUUUAAUAAAAAAAACUUUGCUA